AUGGAUUCUUACGACGAUAUUGCAGCAUUAGUUAUUGAUAACGGUUCUGGUAUGUGUAAAGCCGGUUUUGCCGGUGAUGAUGCACCAAGAGCAGUUUUCCCAUCUAUUGUUGGUAGACCAAGACAUCAAGGUAUUAUGGUUGGUAUGGGCCAAAAGGAUUCUUAUGUUGGUGAUGAAGCACAAUCCAAGAGAGGUAUUUUAACUUUAAGAUACCCAAUUGAACAUGGUAUUGUCACCAACUGGGAUGAUAUGGAAAAGAUCUGGCACCAUACCUUCUACAACGAAUUAAGAGUUGCACCAGAAGAACAUCCUGUUUUAUUAACUGAAGCUCCAAUGAAUCCAAAAUCCAAUAGAGAAAAAAUGACUCAAAUUAUGUUUGAAACUUUCAAUGUUCCUGCAUUCUAUGUUUCCAUUCAAGCUGUUUUAUCAUUAUAUUCUUCUGGUAGAACCACUGGUAUUGUUUUAGAUUCUGGUGAUGGUGUUACUCACGUUGUUCCAAUUUAUGCCGGUUUCUCCUUACCUCAUGCUAUUUUAAGAAUUGAUUUAGCAGGUAGAGAUUUGACUGAUUAUUUAAUGAAGAUCUUAUCCGAAAGAGGUUACACUUUCUCCACUACUGCUGAAAGAGAAAUUGUUAGAGAUAUCAAGGAAAAAUUAUGUUAUGUUGCUCUAGAUUACGAUCAAGAAUUACAAACUGCUUCUCAAUCCAGUGCUAUUGAAAAAUCCUAUGAAUUACCAGAUGGUCAAGUCAUUACCAUUGGUAACGAAAGAUUCAGAGCACCAGAAGCUUUGUUCCAUCCUUCUGCAUUAGGUUUAGAAGCUGCAGGUAUUGAUCAAACCACUUACAACUCCAUCAUGAAGUGUGAUGUUGAUGUUAGAAAAGAACUAUAUGGUAACAUUGUUAUGUCUGGUGGUACCACCAUGUUCCCAGGUAUUGCAGAAAGAAUGCAAAAGGAAAUCACUGCAUUGGCUCCAUCUUCUAUGAAGGUCAAGAUCAUUGCUCCACCAGAAAGAAAGUACUCUGUCUGGAUUGGUGGUUCCAUUCUUGCAUCUCUAUCCACCUUCCAACAAAUGUGGAUUUCCAAGCAAGAAUAUGAUGAAUCUGGACCAUCCAUUGUUCACCAUAAAUGUUUCUAA